GCCUACACAGGCUUGUCAAGCUAUGGUAUCUUUUGUGCAGUGACUGCUCGUUCCAGUGUCCGGCGCUUACGAGCCUUUGCCUGGCAGGCUCUGUUCCGCUUCUUCUUCUUCUAUUUGCGGUGGGUGGGAUUAGGCACUGGCCAUCCCACUUCUCUGCGUUCAUACCUCAUUAUGGACGGUCUAGCCUUUCUUGGGGGCGUCAUCAACAUCUCGCGAGUGCCUGAGCGCUGGAAGCCAGGUUGUUUUGACUAUUGGUUCAACAGCCAUCAGAUUAUGCAUGUGCUGGUGGUGGUCAGUAUACUCUAUCUUCAUUGGGGAGUAGUGGCUGAUCUUCAUUGGAUUGCCAACUCAGCCUGUCCAAAGGAAGGACCACAUCAUGUUUGAAUUCACCCCUUCCACAGAAAAUCUGCUGACUAAGAAGUGGGUGAUGUAUAAGGUGUGAGCCACUGUACUCAUUGUUCUACAAGGGCUGAAGUACAUAAGAAAGGACAUCUUCUGGACAUAAUUUAUUUAAAAGAGGCUGCAUUUUUCCCCUGUGGGGUUAAUACAGUAGUUUCCUAUUGGUUGAUUAUUCAUGGAUCAACUUGUCUAAGAUUUGUAUACUUCUGAGUCUAAAGUAAUGAAUUUCCACCACUUGAAGUUCUUAGAUCAGUUUGUGCAGUUCAACUUUUCUUCCAAAUGACAACAGGCAAAUAUAAUUUGGUUAAAAACCAUCUUGAACUCUAAUAAGAUACAAUCAGAGAAAUAAUCCACUGUACUAGUGAAGAUUCCCAUCCCCAACUCUUACUUUUUUUUUGCUGUAGGACUUUUUGUCAUCAGAGCUGUUCUUGAGGUAGCUUUGAUGAUAGUAGGAAGAACCCGAUUAGUUGCUUCUCUUUUUUGAAUUUGCAUUGAAAAUGAAAUGGGCACUGGGAAGAGAGAUGUUCUUGGUAGAAGAUAUUGGAGUUGAGUGCAACUUCUCUGCUUUUUAGAGGCAGUUACUUAGAUACUUUUUAUCCAGGUCUCUUUCAGACACCAUGCAAUACUUUCUGAUUUUAGAAAG